AUGGACGUUGAGUGGCAGCAUCGUUGCAAAGCUUACCGCUUUGUCGCCUACUCGGCAGUCGCAUUCUCGGUGGUUGCUAUUCUCGGCGCCGCCACCACCCUUCCUAUGGUGUACAACUACGUGCACCAUGUUCGCCGAACAAUGCAGAGCGAACUCAGUUACUGCCGAACCUCCGCCCGUGACAUCUGGUCCGAAGUCAAUGGCAUGAAAGUACCAGCCAACCGUACCGCUCGUCAAGCAUAUGAUGAUGGAGCAGUAACAGGAGGCACAGCAACCGGUGGCGGCCGCACUGGAGGUAGUCAAGUAGGAGGUGGAUACAACACUGGAGGAGGAGGAGGAGGAGGAGGAGGAGGAGGCAAUGACUGUACCGCUUGCUGCUCCGGUGGAGCGGCCGGUCCACCAGGAGCUCCAGGAAAUCCAGGACGUCCCGGUAACCCAGGAGCACCAGGAGCACCCGGAAACCCA